CGUCUGCCUAGCACCAGCGCAAACCAGCAGCGAUAUACACAGGCGAGCCUGGCAGCUCGCGCUGGACUACAACAACCCUGCUAAACAACUACUCUGAAAGCAUGGUAAACAUGCAAGGCGGCGAGAAAGUAUUUGGACGGAGCAGAGAAGCAAACGACGAGACAGCCGCAUGCAAUUUCAGUGCCAGCGGCACGGCAGACAGGCAGCCGAACAAAGGAACAGCACUUUGUGAGCUACCAAUAUACAAGCUCAAAUCAACGAGGUUAACAAAACCUCAUCCAACGACAAAGAAAACCAUGAGAGCACUUCCAACAUCAAGUGAUACUCAAGCUCAAAGAAGAGCUGACACGCACGCUGCGGGACGCGGAUAAAAACUAUCUAAGCGCACUCCAAGCACAUGCUAUAAAGCACGUGGCGAAAUCCCUUGGGGAACACCGGAGGGGGCCGUCACUGUGGCCACUGGCCCCCGGUGCAAGAUGAGCGCGAGACCCGUCUGCAGACCUGACCGUCGAAUAUCUGCACUCACGGGGUGCCUGCCCAGCUGCACGCCAGGAAAUCUCCCAGUGCGACCGACAGCGUUGGCGUUGGCUUCCUCAGCGAUUGUCAGGUCGGGGAUGCCUCCCUGCAGGCGGAUUUUGGGCGAAAAAUAACGAGAUAGAGAGAGAGAGAGAGAGAGAGAGAGAGAGACGGCGCGGCACCUACACAAAAGAGCGCUGCCGAAAGGGUGCGGUGCAAGGCACAUCACACCGCCGGCGUGCGGCUACGGAUGUGAGACCACCACUAAAAAGUACAUACGCCUCCCGCGGCUGCCCACUUGCAGCGGUGGCAGGCGGUGGCAGGCGCGUGCGAGGCCCCGAGAUCCGACGGCGCUCCUCCUCCUCCUCCUCCUCCUCCUCCUCCUCCUCCUCCUCACCACCACCACACCCGCCUGCGCGGGGCGUUCUCCAGCCGGGCCACUCCGUGGGAGCCGCAGGACCCGGCGCGGAGCAGACAAACCGAAAAGCUGAGAAAAAGCGCCCAGCAUGCCUCGAGGUCGUACGCCUUGCGAGCGUGGGCAGUGCCCGAAGAGUCGAAAACGCCGGGAGCAGCGAGGGGCGAGCAGGAUAAUCGGGAGAGAGGGGCGGAGGAAGCGACUGGGGAAAGGCGGAGGAGGGGCAGCGGGACCGCCAUGCUGGAAGGAUUGAGAGCGCUCGGGGAACGAACACACAAUAAAAGAUAGCUCGGCGCCAUCGUGUUAAAAGACAGUAUGCGGAGGGGUUCGCGCUGCUCCACAGCCAUAUCCGCGGGAGGCGAGGAGGGCGGUAGUCAUGUCGAGCAGUUGAAGAGGAGCUGCAGGGGUGGGGAAGGAUGGUCCUCGAUGGCUCUCGCAAAAAAAAAGAAUGCACACGUCCGAGCGAUGCCAAGCCACGCCGAACGCCCGCGGCGGGGUCGCCGCUGGUCGACCCGACGCAGACCUGCUGUGCGCGCCUGUGCGCACGGCUCGUCCGCCAGCGGGCCUCCUUCAGCCUGCAGCCGCUGCGCGCUCCACGAGGGGGUCGCGCGCCUGCGCCGGCGGCCCCUCGGCAACACCGCAGGGCCGGCCGCGUCGCGCACGCCUGCAAGCAGUCGCAGCCGAGCGCCCCCGCGGUGGAGGCGCCCAGUCCUAGCUAAAAGCCCAGCCGAACCCAUAGGCUCCGCGCGCCAGGGCGGCGCCGUGGAGCUCAGGCUCAGAGGAGCGGGGAGGAGGAGGAGGGGGAGGAGGGGGAGGAGGAGGAGGAGGGCCGACUUAAGGGCAGAAGCCCGCAGGCUCUGGUGCUCGGCGCCCCCACCUCUGUUUGGGCGCCGCCGAGAAUCACGCGGCACGGCCCCGCUGGAGCCACGCCGGCCUCUGCGCUGGAACGGCCUGCUGCCGCCGGCGGGGGCGGGCCGGAGCAGCCGCGCGGCGGCUCGCGCUCGGGGGGGGACUCCCUCGGAUGCAGGGCGCAAAGUCGACGCACAUGUGGAAGUCGGUCAACUCGUCGGUCAAGAGGAGCUUGCUGCUCUGAAUUCUCGCGGGGAGGCCACGGGCGGCCUCUGCAAGACGGCCGCCACGGCCCAGCGCAGCGGCAUCAGCCACUUGGCGCGCUUCGCCCACGGCACCCCCGCGACGUGGACCACGAGCACGCCGUGGUACAGCGCGCCCCU